AUGGUAACCGAGACACCUGCGAAGAAAUCGAAAGCGAAAGCUCAAUCGAAGGAUAAAUCUGAGAAGCCCCCGAAACCCUCCGUCGAGCCGACACCUGCCGUCAGUGAAGAAGAAGAAAUUAUUCGAUGUAUUUGCGGAGAAUAUGAAGAGGAGGAAGACAUUGAACGAGAUAUGAUCUGCUGUGACCAGUGCUCCGCCUGGCAACACAAUGACUGCAUGGGCCUCACAUUUGCGAAAGGCGAGGAGCCCGAUGAAUACUUCUGUGAACUAUGCCGACCUGAGAAUCAUAAAGUUCUCUUGGACAAGAUUGCGCGCGGUGAGAAGCCUUGGGAGGAAGCAGCCGAGAAGCGACGCCAGCAGGCAGAAGAAAAGAAGGCCGCACGUCGCAGGAAAGGCAGGAAAGGUGGUAGAAAGGGCCGGCCAAGCGAGCCCAAACCGGAUACAGGCACCCCAGCCCGCAAUAAAGCGGCUUCUGCCACGCCCGCUCAGACUCCUGUUCCACUGGCCCCUCCGCCCGUUGUGACCCCGGUCCCGGAGAAGAACGGUGACGUUUCAGACGCCCACCCAUCGAGCACUCAGAAGAGGAAAUUCGAGGUACAUCAAGAGGCUCCGGCCUCCGAUACGGUAAGACUUGACUAUUACUGUUUGAAAAUAGGGACAGCUGCUCAUGUCUACCAGCAGGGACCAAAACCGAAGCAAAUAAAGAUGACCUCACCAGCUGAUUCAGUGACUCCUCUCAACGACAAGCCUGCUCAGGCGAAGGAAGAUUCGAAUGCUCCUCCUUCGCGCCAAAGCUCCGUUUCUCAAAAGACUACGACGCAGGAAUCGGGCACUUUGGACGAGAUCUCAAACCCAGCAAGAAGAAGUGCUGCCAGUGCUCUAGUCAAGUUAUUUGUAGAUCAAAUUUCUGAUGCACAGAAGCAAGGGUCUUUCAAAUUACCUGAGGGAAGGUCGGCGAAAGAGAUAGCGCAGCAGCUCGGUUUUUCAAUCGAGAAGGCUAUGUAUCAGAAUAUUUGCGGAGGAUCUGGGGAACCCACUGAACCAUAUAAAUUACAACUGCGGACGAUCUUGUUCAACGUAAAGAAGAAUCCUUCUCUACGGGAUCGCCUGCUCGUAGGUAGUUUGCUUCCAGAUGCGCUCUCUAAGAUGAGCAGUCAGGAUAUGGCAAGUGAGGAGCUUCUGCAGAAGGAUGCCGAAAUCAGGCGCGAGGCCGAGAGGCAGCAUAUUAUUGUGGAGGAGCAAGGUCCGCGAAUAAGGCGAACUCAUAAAGGCGAAGAGUUCAUUGAAGAUGAGAAUCAAACCGUCGCCAGCGAGCCAGUGUUUUCGGUAGUGCCGACACGCCGAAGUUUGGCUGAUGUUGACGCAAGCCCUUCAAAUCAAAGUCCAGCGAGUCCCCAGGCUCAUCAGCAGCCGGAUGACAGUGCGCCAAGGGCUGCCAAACCGCUGCCUAUCGACACCAAAGCGAAGGAUACCAAGGCCCGAAAUGGGCCUACGGUGCAUUCUCCCGGCGCCGCUGAUCAUGACCAAGUCUUUCCAGAGGUCUCAACUCACAUACAUGAAAUGUUGCCGACUGGGAAGGCCCAGGCUGAUGCAGAGAUUGACAAGCUAUUGAAAGACGUCGAACCCGAAUCGCCUCCAUAUUCCCCAAAAGACUUCAACGACGAGGCGAUUAUCUGGCGCGGGAAGGUUGUCAUGAACCCGGUGGCUGAAUUCUCGUCUUUAGCAAAGCAUGUUGGAGGAGCUGAACUAAGUGACAAGAUACCGUGGAGUCAGCUUGCACCGUCGACCUUGGUGGUCGACGGGCGAAUCGACAUUCAGCUAGCGAGCAAUUAUCUCUGUGGUUUGCGUUUCAGUUCCUCGACGGACGUUUCAGUCAUCUCCAUUAGUCGCCCAGAAUCCCCCAAAGAUCAAAAAGGGUUCGACAAGCUCUUCAACUAUUUCCAAGACCGAAAGCGAUAUGGUGUUGUUGGAAAACAUCCGUUGCCGGCCGUCAAGGAUACCUACGUUAUUCCCAUCGAAGCUGGAUCCACAAAGAAGCCCGAAUUUAUUGAGCUUUUGGAAAACAAUACACUUGAAGACCCUACUCCAGAGCGAGUACUAUUGGUGGUCUUUGCAGUCAAAACCGGCGAAUCGAAUCCUCCUUCAGUACAGCUAUCAUCACAUCAUCCAAGUCAAGAGCCUGCGUCUUUUGCAAGCCCUGUCACCGUCGCAGCGACUCCCCAGCAACAGCAGUUUCUGACACCUGGACCGAGGCAGAUGUCGCAGAUGUCUCCCACUCCGCCAUCUGCUAUCUCGGGCAUAAUUCCGACCCUCAAUUCCUUUGCUUCCCAGCCUCCACAAUCCCUGCAACCGCAGCAGCCGCAGUUACCAACCCAACCGGCCUCUCAGUCCCAAGGGUAUCAACCUCCACAGCCACAUAGUCAGAUGGCUGUCACUGGUAUGGCCGCCGCAGUGAAGGUACUUGGUGCUCAGGCAAAUGCUCCAGCAAUCCAGCAACUCCUCCAGCAGGCUCCGAAUGCUGAUGUCUCCCAACUGGGUGUUGUCCAUGGCAUCAUCUCACGACAGCCAGAGGCGGCUUCAAAUUACGAGAUGUUAAUGCAGGCGUUGUAUCAAGCUACAACGAAUGGACAUGGUCCACAGCAAAACGCCAGCUAG